UUAUAGAAGGGAAGUGCAAGACGUCGUUUAUGUUGCGGGCUUCAUUGAACAGUGAAGAGUCACAGUCAGUCACAGACGCGAUUAUUACACCAAAACGACACGAAGCACUUGCCCUUCAGACACGUCCUCCGGAACCUACUUCACGUUCCGGUUAGGGUUAGGGUUAGGGUUUCAAGCUCCAAACGCAAUGUCGUUCACUAACACCUCAUCACAUUCCUCUCGUUACAGCCCAAUCCCUUCCACCUCCACUCCUCCCUCACGCGCCGCCACUCCCUCCGGCUUCCCAACGCGCCGCCCAUGGGAGGAGGUCUUCGCGCUCCACUCCUUCACGCGCCCCUACUCCCUCGGCGAAGCAACGCUCCGAGUGAAGCGCAACCUCGGCCACUUCCGCGUGAACUACGCCAUGAUCGUUCUCUUCGUCCUCUUCCUCAGCCUCCUCUGGCGCCCUAUCUCCCUCAUCGUGUUCCUCGCCGUCUUCGUCGCGUGGUUCUUCCUCUACUUCUUCCGCGACGGCCCCGUGGUCCUGCUCCGCCGCACGCUCGACGACCGCCUCGUCCUUGCCGUGCUCACCGCCGUCACUGUGGCCGCGCUCGUCCUCGCCGGCGCCUGGCUGAACGUGGUGGUGUCGGUGCUCAUUGCGGCAGCGGCGGUGGCGUUGCAUGCUGUUUUUCGGAGCACCGAGGAUUUGUACGUGGAUGAAUUGGAAGUCUCCGAUGGAGGAUUGCUUUCGGUUGUUGGUGGAAGCCCUACGAAACGAACGGGGUACGCUAGCAUAUAGCUAAAUAUGAUAUUACUUAUUUCGCUUUCGUUUAAUCGUUUUUUGUAUUACUUGCGUUGCAUAUAUUUGAAGAAAAUAGAGGCUCAAUUUUUUUAGGUUUUGGUUAGACGAGAAUUUCAAUUGUAUCCAUAUUAUAGUUUUUCUUACCAGUUACCAUGUUGUUAGAAGGAAAUGGGAACGGGUUCCUUUUGUUGCUUUUUUUUUUUUAUAAUGUUUUUAGAAUGUCGUGUAAAUUCUUGGAUAGGUUGAAGAAGCAUUCAAUGUGUGUACUUUCGGUUCCAAUUCGAUGUAUGUCCUGGUUUGAUAUGUUUUUGCAUUUGUAAUAGUCUCAGCAAUAGUGAUAAAUUUUUUUUGUCGAGUGUAAAUGUAGAUAAAUUUUUGUUGCUUCGAAGUGUGAACCAUUUUGGUUAUCGUUUCUCUUGUAAUAAGUGAUGACCAUAUUAUGUUGAGAUCAAAUUAGGUUCACUCUCUUUAUCCUUUUUCUUAGUA